GGGGGAGGGGAUGGAGGCGGGGAACCAGAGCUGGAGCAUCCCAUGGCAGAUCAGAGCGGAGGAAGAGGAGAAAGACUGGCUGAUGGUGGGGUCAGGGGUCGCCCUCGCUAUCGGGGGAGACUACAGGUACAUCAUCGGCCCCUGUGGAGCCCCUGAGGAAGAGGAGGAGGAAGGAUCUGGAAACAGAGGGGACACGUUACAGGAGGACGGCAGAGACGAUGAGGACGACGCCGUCAUUAACGUCUGAAAAAUCACAGCGCUGCUCUGAUUGGACAUUGUUUAGUUAUCAGAGAGGGGCGCUUGAUUUGUGGCGCUGAGCUGCAGCAGGCGGGUGGAGACAGGAUGGAUUCUCUCUGCUGAAGGUACAGAGCCCGGCACACAAUCAGUCCCUCCCAUAACUCACUGAUACUCCGUGUUCUGCUGGGACUCAAAGCAGGGGGAGUUAAGGCUCACAGAAAGGGUUGAUCACCCGAACAGCAGUAAAUAAUAAUAAUAAUAAGAUCAGUGUAAUAUCAUUUAUAUUACCAUGUUUGAUAAAAUGAACAUCAUCAGGUCAGUUUGAAAUCAUAAACCCUUAAGUUGUUAUGUUUUGAUUUAGGUCCGUACCUCAAAUAGCUCAUCAGGUCAAUAUCUUGUUAUCAUCGUAACAAGUUUGAUAAUAGAGAUAUCUGCUCUGCUGAUAGUCAAUCAGCUCCUUUUCUGUUUCCAUUCAGCUCAGUAUCCAUCAAAUCACGUGUAAUUCAUCUAUUUAUAAAAAGCUCUUAUCCAGAAAUGUAAAACGACUCGGCAGGAACCUGUUUCUACGAAUGGAAACAAUGCACUUUUUGUACAAUAACUAAACCUUUUUUGGUCUAACAGUAAAUGAUUAAUUGAACCCUAAAUAAUGCUUUCACAUUGAAAACACAAGAAACAGGACAAAUAUUAAGGAGCCACCUUAUUUUUUUAUAUUAUUAGGAAUUUCCCCUUAACAAGGAGCACACUGGAUUUAGUUAUUUUAUUAUAAUUGACUUGUCCUUGCACGUAAAGGAAAAAGUGAAAUACCGUGCAAUAGAUGGAAGACAAUAGUUUAGAAAUGAGAGUAUGACUAGUCCACUUAAAAGUCAAUACAUCAACACACAACACAUUUUUCAUAAAAGCUUCUAAAAUGAGUGUUUGUGAUAAUGAUCCUUAUGAUUUAUGAUAUUCUUGGCCUUUGAACAAUGUGAAAAUCAGGUCUACUCGAUCAGCAUAUCCGAGACAUUUCUCUACGCCUAAAGUAUGCUCAUGUUUUAUAUCGUCAACUUCAAUAGCCACAUGUGAUUUCUUUAUUUUUUUAGAUCGGACUAAUAACAGAUUUUUUUUUUUAAUGUUGACUUUUUCUAAGA